AUGGUGGAUGAAAAUAAUGAUAAUGUUAUUGAAACGAUCACCACCCCAACAUUUUUCACUUCACCAAUUCUAUCAAAAUUACCAACAUUUUUCACUUCGCCAAUACUAUCAAGAUUACCAACAUUGCUAUCAUCACCGACAUUAUCAAGAUCACCAAUUAUAACAUCAAAUCAAUCGCAAAUUAAAAAAUUUACCGUGGAAGAUUAUCCCAUGAAGCUUAUUAACUCAAAAUCAGUUAAAGAUUCUGCUUUGUACAUACGGAAACCAUUAAAGUGGCAUGAGUACUUGGGAUCAGAGGAAUGGACUUUUGUUACUUUUGGAUGUCUGUUUACCAUGAAUGCAUUGGUAUUUUUGAGUUGUCAAUGGAGCGUACAAGCAAGAGCAUUUUUUACUUGUGUAAAGGCUAAAGCGAUUAAAAUAAUUCCUGCGCUGCAUAAAGGAAAAGGAGACUUGUGUGAUCUUUAUCAUGCAGAUAACGGGGAAAUAUCUUUUACUUUUCAAAAGAAAAAAUAUGUUUGGGAUCCUGAUAAAAAAAUUUUUAAUAAAUUAAGCUAUCCUUGUGACGGAAAUCCUCCAAUUUCAAUUUUUGAUAUACCUAUACCAACUUUUCGUGAACUAUUUAAAGAACACGCUGUUGCUCCUUUCUUCGUUUUUCAACUAUUUUGUGUUGGAUUAUGGUUAAUCGAUGAUUAUUGGUAUUAUUCAUUAUUUACACUAUUCAUGUUGGUUGUAUUUGAGUCCACGGUUGUUUUUCAGAGAUUAAAAACUUUGGCCGAGUUUCGAACAAUGUCUAUCAAACCUUAUUCUAUUCAAGUUAGACGUAACAACACAUGGAUUACAAUUAAUUCAGAUGAAGUUUUACCGGGUGAUCUGGUAUCUGUUGUUCGUAGUAAGGAAGAUAGCGGAAUUGCUUGUGACAUGGUACUUUUGAAUGGUAGUUGUAUCGUGAAUGAAGCUAUGCUUUCAGGUGAAUCAACACCGUUAUUGAAGGAAUCAAUAGCACUUCGUGAUAGCAGCGAUCAUUUAGAUAUGAAUGGCAUUGACAAGAAUAGUAUAAUAUUUGGUGGUACCAAAAUUCUUCAGGUCACUCCACCGUCACCUGAUGAUUCAUUAACAGCCCCUGAUAAUGGAUGUAUUGCAUAUGUCAUUCGUACUGGGUUUGGCACUGUUCAAGGGAAACUCGUACGCACAAUGGUAUACAGCACAGAGCACGUAUCUGCCAAUAAUAUAGAAACAUUUUUAUUUAUAUUAUUCUUGUUGGUUUUUGCAAUUUCAGCUGCUGGAUACGUGUGCGUUAAAGGUGUUGAAAAAAAUCGCAAGAAAACAAAAUUAUUAUAUGAUUCUAUUAUAAUUAUAACAUCAGUUGUACCACCAGAAUUGCCCAUGGAAUUAUCUUUGGCUGUUAACACGUCUUUGGUAGCAUUGGCAAAAUAUGCAAUAUAUUGUACUGAGCCAUUUAGAAUUCCAUUUGCUGGAAAACUUGAUGUUUGUGCAUUUGAUAAAACGGGAACUUUGACUGGUGAAAGUCUUGUUGUAAGAGGAAUAGCUGGUAUUCAUCCUAAUGAUCCAAAGGAAUUAACUGAUCCAAAAGAUGCUUUAAGAGAGACUAUUCAAACCUUAGCUGCUGCACAUGCAUUGGUUAAGUUAGAUGAUGGAAUCGUUGGUGAUCCUAUGGAAAAAGCAACUUUAGAGGCAUUAGAUUGGAAGCUUGGAAAUGGUGAUACUGUUAUACCUGCAAAUAAUCAAUCUCAACGGUUUCAACAACGUUCCCAACUACAAAUUUGUCGGCGAUUUCAAUUUUCAUCAAAACUUAAACGUAUGUCAAGUAUUUCAACAUUGAAUAUAAAUCGUGGUAAAAAGACUUUUGUUGCAGUCAAAGGAGCACCUGAAACUCUUCAUAGCAUGUAUGAAUAUGCACCUGAUGAUUACGAGGAUACUUAUAAAUUCUUUACACGACGGGGCAAUAGAGUGUUAGCGUUAGGAUAUAAAUAUUUAAAUGAUAACAUGAGUAUUAAAGAGGUUAAUGACCUCACACGUGAAUCAGUUGAAUGUGACCUUAAAUUUGCAGGAUUUCUUAUUUUUGAUUGUCCAUUAAAAGAUGAUGCAAUUUCAACCAUUAAAGUGUUAAAUGAAUCUUCACACAGGGUUAUUAUGAUUACUGGUGAUAAUCCUUUGACAGCAUGUCAUGUUGCUCGCGAAGUUGAAAUCAUUAAUCGUGAAGUAUUAAUUUUGGAUCUUCGUAAAGAUGAAGCUAGCGAUGAUGUUGAUCCUUUAAAGGACAUUGAUCCAACAAUACUUCAAAAUUAUGAUAUAUGUGUGACAGGAGCAGCAUUAGCGCAAUUUGAAAAUAGAAAAUCAGUAAAAGACUUACUAGAACACACAUGGGUUUAUGCAAGGGUUUCACCUGGUCAAAAGGAAUUUAUAUUAACUGGACUUAAACAAGCAGGAUAUAUAACAUUGAUGUGUGGUGAUGGUACAAACGAUGUUGGUGCAUUGAAACAAGCGCACGUUGGAGUAGCACUUCUUGAUGGUAAACCAGAAGAUCUUAGAAAAAUAGCUGAACAUCAACGAAUGCAACGAUUAAAAGAUAUGUAUGAAAAUCAGUUAAAAUUCACAGCCAAAUUUAAUAUGCCGCCGCCGCCGCCACCACCAGCAAUUGCACAUUUAUAUCCAAACAUAACACAACAACUUCAACAAAACACUAAUAAUAGAAGACCAAAUCUACCGCAGGCACAGGUUGAUAAUAUUACAGAACAGCUUCUUGAUAUGGAAGAUGAACCGCCUACCAUAAAAUUGGGGGAUGCAUCAGUAGCGGCACCAUUCACAUCUAAACUUUCUAAUGUUGUAGCCAUUGCAAAUAUUAUUAGACAAGGAAGAUGUACAUUGGUUGCUACAAUUCAAAUGUAUAAAAUUCUGGCAUUGAAUUGUUUAAUAACAGCAUAUAGUCUUAGUGUUUUAUAUUUGGAAGGAAUUAAAUAUGGUGAUUUACAAGUAACAAUUUCAGGAGUUUUGCUUGCAGUAUGUUUCCUUUGUAUAUCAAAAGCCAAGCCUCUUGAAAAUUUAUCUAAACAACGACCUCAAACCAAUGUAUUCAACUUUUAUAUUAUUUUAUCAAUUCUCGGACAAUUCGCUAUUCAUAUAGCCUCUUUAAUAUACGUUGUUGAGCUGGUAUUUCGUUACGAGGAACGUGUGGAAUUUGAUCCAGAUCAAGAAUCUGAUCCAGAAAAAGAAUUUGAACCGACAUUGCUUAAUACAGCAGUAUAUUUGAUAUCACUAUCAAUGCAAGUUUCUACAUUUGCUAUCAAUUAUCAGAAUACAACAUUGUAUUAUGGAUUGUGUACAGUUGCUGCCAUAGUUGUCUCUUGUGCCACAGAGUUUGUACCUGAAGUUAAUAGUAUGUUACAACUUGUACCUAUGAGUAAAGAGCGUGGCUAG